AUGGCGACGCUUCCCGAGCUCAACAUCCCCGCCUCGACGUCGACAGUUGAUGUCUCCAUCGUGAACACUACCGGCAUCCUGCGCGGGCUGGAUCCCAGUCGCUUCUUCUUGCCCAAGAUCCCUGGGCACGACUACUUAGCGACGCCGUGCUUCGCCUUCCUACUCCAGCACCCGGCGCUCGACCGGUCCCUCGUCUUCGACCUCGGUAUGCGGAAGGACUACUGGAACUGGCCGCCGCACCUGCUCGGGUUCUUUGAGAAGGCUAACGUCGACAUCAUUGCGCCCAAGGGCAUCCGCGAGGUCCUCGACGAGCACGGCGUCGACACGAAGCGCAUCGAGGCCGUCAUCUGGUCCCACUCGCACUUCGACCACACUGGCGAUCCGGCGACGUUCGAGCCCAGCACCGCUCUCAUCGUCGGUCCCGGCACCAAGGAGAAACUCUUCCCGGGGUAUCCGGCGAACCCGAACGCGCGCUUCCUCGAGAGCGACUACGCCGGGCGCGAGGUGCGCGAGCUCGACUUCGCGGCGUCGACGCUGCGCAUCGGCCAGUUCCGGGCCAUCGACUACUUCGGCGACGGGUCGUUCUACUUCCUCGACUCGCCGGGGCACUGCAUCGGGCACGUGUGCGGGUUCGCGCGCGUGACGAGCAGCCCGGACAGCUUCGUGCUGAUGGGCGGCGACGUGAUCCACCACGACGGCGAGCUGCGGCCGCACCACUGGCACCCGCUGCCCGACGCGAUCCUGCCGCACCCGUUCGCGCCGCUGUCGACGACGCCGUGCCCCGGGUCGCUCUUCGACGCCCUGCUGCGCGACGGCAGCCGCGAGGAGCCCAUCUACCUGCCGUCGCUCGAGCCGCCGCCGGGCCAGCGCGCCGUCCACGAGGACCCGGCCCUGGCCGCGGCCACGAUCCGCAGGCUGCAGGAGCUCGACGCCUACGACAACAUCCUCGUCGCCGCCGCCCACAACCACUACCUGCUGCAGGUCGCCGACUUCUUCCCCGCCAAGGCGAACGGCUUCGCGGCCGCCGGGUGGACCCGCAAGCUGCGCUGGAAGUUCCUCGCCGACUUCGCGAAGGCCGUCGGGUACGAGGGCGAGGUCACGGCGACGGGCGAUUACACGCCGCUGCCGAAGGAGGGUGGUGCGUAG